GCUACAACUUUAGAUGGCUCAUGUCUGACAACAUGCACCACCAGUGGCUGCUGCUAGCUGCAUGCUUUUGGGUGAUAUUCAUGUUCAUGGUUGCUAGCAAGUUUAUUACAUUGACUUUUAAAGACCCAGAUGGCUACGGUGCCAAGCAAGAGCCAUUGAUACUGACAGCUGUGACAAAAGUGGAGGAGGUACAUGUGCCAGAGGAAAAACAUUGGCCUAAAGAAUUCGAGCCAACUGGAAAAGCUUUUUCCGGAAAUCUGAUCCGCCAACCCCUGGUUCAUAUGGAAAGACUUGAGCUUCUCAGGAAUGUCUGCAGAGACACUACAUUGAGAAAUCUCUCUCACACUGCAGUUUCCAAAUUCGUCUUGGACCGAAUAUUUGUGUGUGACAAGCACAAGAUCCUGUUUUGUCAGACGCCAAAAGUGGGCAACACUCAGUGGAAAAAAGUCUUGAUCGUUUUAAAUGGAGCAUUUUCUUCCAUAGAAGAGAUCCCAGAAAAUAUUGUACAUGAUCAUGAGAAAAAUGGCCUUCCACGUUUGUCCUCCUUCAGUGACUCUGAAAUUAAAAAACGACUGAAUUUAUACUUCAAGUUUUUUAUUGUUAGAGAUCCAUUUGAAAGACUUAUUUCUGCAUUUAAAGACAAAUUUGUGCACAAUCCUCGGUUUGAACCUUGGUACCGGCAUGAAAUUGCUCCUGGCAUCAUUCGUAAAUAUAGAAAGAAUCGCACAGAGACCAAAGGGCUGCAGUUUGAGGAUUUUGUGCGCUAUCUGGGUGACCCUAACCACCGAUGGCUGGAUGUUCAGUUUGGCGACCACAUCAUUCAUUGGGUAACGUAUGUGGAACUUUGCGCCCCCUGUGAAAUCACGUAUAGCGUGAUCGGACACCAUGAAACCCUGGAGGACGAUGCUCCGUAUAUCUUGAAAGCAGCCGGCAUAGACCAUCUGGUAUCAUAUCCCACAAUUCCACCAGGCAUAACAGUGUACAACAAAACAAAAGUAGAGCGGUAUUUUUCGGGAAUUAGCAAGAGAGACAUAAGACGCCUCUACGCACGGUUUGAAGGCGAUUUUAAACUCUUUGGUUAUCGGGAGCCAGAUUUCUUGCUUAACUGACACCUAGGAUAAGCUCUGAAAAAGUGUCUCAUGGAUUAAUCUAAACCUGCGUGAAUACCAGCUGCAAUACUGACAGAGUUGAGAAUGACCAUUUGUUUUCUAGCUUUUUGAUGUUGCUCCAUUUUUGAGUGAAAUAUUUGUCAUAUGAACAAGUAGGGGCUUAUAGUUGUUGUUUACUGACCAUAUUUUCAAUAUAUGGCAUUGCAAACUGUUAGGAAUGAAGUCUCUGUUACCUGAAAUACAGAAUUCCACUUCUCCCCUCUCCCUCCAGGAAAAAAGAGGGAAUCUUCCCCCCCGCUCCCAUACAGAAUGCCAUUUUUAAAAUGUUGUGAAGUAUUUAUAAAGAUGGCAAUUUUUCUAUAGGUUAACUCUGACGUGUGGGUGAACUUGAUGAUUCAUGCUCAUGAGAAAGGCAUGUAGUCUCCCAUGAGCUUUGAAAGUGAGAGGCUAGUACAGGACUAAAAAUUGAUUAAAUGCUUGACAAGUAAAAUCAUCUAGGUUCUCUCAUGUGGCUGCUAUAAUAACAGCAAUGCUGAUCUAAUUACAUUUUUGUUUGUCACAAAAUGAACCUAAUUAGACAGAACUUUUAAAGGUGUUAAAAAAAGGGACUGGUUCCAGAACCCAAUUGUCUUUGUAUUUUUGUCAAGUGUUUACUGUGCUUACUGCUGGUCUGUUGAGCCUCAUAAUUCUACUUUCGAUUUUUCAAAAUAUUAUUUAACUCCUGGCUGUGUAAGUUAUCUAAGAACACCAGAUGCAAAUGGAGCAUAGAAGAAAUAUGAAACUGCUAGGGAAAACUUUAAGGAAAAUUAAUUUAAAAUAAAGUAUUAAUUGUAUUUGCGGGAGCAUAUAUAGAAGUCAUUAGGUGCUCUCUAAAUAUCACACAAUUUAACUUGCUUUGUCUUUAACAGUUAGGAUUUAUCAAGAAGCCACAAAAGCGGGAUG